AUGAAUUCAAUGGACUCGACGUACGCCCCGGACGCCUCCGGUGCUACGCCGAAGCAGACGGGGUACGUCCCGACGCUGAAGAUGAACGACGGGAACGAGAUCCCCAUGCUCGCCUACGGCCUCGGCACAGCCCGCUCCAAGGGCGAGGCCGAAGAGGUCACCAAGCUGACGCUCAUGGCGAUCAAGAACGGAUACUAUCACCUGGACGGCGCAGAGGUCUACAAAAACGAGCGCGAACUCGGCGCCGCCAUCGCCGCCUCCCAUCUCCCGCGCCAGUCCCUCUACAUAACAACCAAGCUCCGCGGCACCGGCGGCAAAUCCGACAGCGUGGCCACCGCCUUCGACGCCUCGCUCGCGCGCCUGGGGCUGGACUACGUAGACCUCUACCUAAUCCACGCGCCGCAUCUCGCCUCCACACCCCAAGAGCUCCAAUCCAUCUGGGCGCAGAUGGAAGCCAUCAAAGACAGCGGCCGCGCGCGCUCCAUCGGCGUGUCCAACUUCCUACCAGAGCACCUGGACACCGUGCUGCAGACGGCGCGCGUCCCGCCCGCGAUUAACCAGGUCGAGUUCCAUCCGUACCUGCAGCACGCGCCCGGAUUCGUCGACUACCACCGCAACCAACAAAUCGCGCUUGCGGCCUAUGCGCCGCUGACGGCGGUUGCGAAGGCGGCGCCGGGGCCUGUGGACGGGGUCUAUGAGGCCCUGGCGAAGAAGUAUGGUGUUGGUGUGGGUGAUGUGGCGUUGAGGUGGUGUCUGGAUCAGGGCAUUGUGGCGAUCACUACGAGUGCGCGGGACGAGCGACUGCAGGGGUUCAUGAAGAGCGUGCCGGCAUUCAAGCUGACGCCUAGGGAGGUCGGGGAGGUGGCGGAGUUGGGGCGGCAGAAGCACUUUCGGGGGUUUUGGAAUAGGCAUUUUCCGGAUGAUGACCGGCGGUAG